AUGCAGUCUCAUCCUCCAGCUCCCACUCCCACUCCUUCAUCCUUCGCAACGCAGCUCUGUGAAGUGCAACACACUCGUCCUCACGACCGUCCAGGCACGCACCUGAAUAAUCUGCAAGUGCAACGGAAAGAAGCGGCAACGCCAGUCCGACAGAGCGCGAACCACCACCGCCACACACGCACACACUUCGGCAAGAGAGCGAAAAUGUCCGGACUUGAGAAAAAGGAUAUAAUCUCCACCCCGGUCCCGUUCCCGACGAUCCCCAUCCACGCAGUGCCGCGCAGCAAGCGUUCGUGGGUGCAGAACAACUGGUGGGUGCUGCUCACGAUUGAGUGUCUCGUCCUAUUCGCCGCCUUCGCGGCCCUGCUGGCCUACUACCUGUUCUACGUCCGUACCCCGGGGAAGCGUCUGCUCGAGGACAAGGUGGGCAAGGACGGCCUUAGCCAUUACAGCAGUGAGUUCAGCAGCCGCUCUAGCAGCGCCGAGUUGAAGGAGAGCAGAGCCUCCAAGUGCAGCACCACUACGAAGCGCAGCUUCGCGGAGAAUGCGGCUGGUGGCACGGCUGACAGUAGUAAGUCGCACAGGUCAAUGCCUGAGGUGGUGUCCGCACAGAGCCAGCAUAGCAAGACCACGGGCAGCCACAAGCGAGACUAA